ACUGAUAUGCCCCCCUUCAAAAAUUUUUAUAAAUAAUAUCUGGGGGGAUUGGGAGGAAAGAUAUUGAAACGUAUGCGUAUACCCAUCGGCCACUGGAGUAACAACAGUUCCAUCGUCGCAGUUCAGUCAGUACUACUUUGGGUUUUUGGUUUCCUACAUAAACAGAAAGCAUGGCAUCUAACGACAAUCUUACCGCAGUCCUUUAUGGAAUAAACGAUAUUAGACUGGAACAAAGACCAAUCCCUGUGCCCAAAGAUGACCAGGUUCUGUUGCAAAUGGAAGUCGUUGGAAUAUGUGGUUCCGAUGUACAUUAUUUGGUUAACGGCCAAAUUGGACCUUUCGUCGUAAAAGACCCCAUGGUUAUCGGUCAUGAAGCUUCCGGAACCGUCGUUAAAUGCGGUAAGAAUGUAAAAUCCCUAAAGCCAGGCGACAAAGUAGCUAUCGAACCCGGUGUACCAUGCAGGAUUUGCGCAUACUGUAAAAGCGGAGAUUACCAUCUUUGUCCUGAUAUUUUCUUCUGCGCCACUCCACCAGAUGAUGGUAACCUUACCAGAUAUUACGUUCAUGCUGCUGACUUUUGCCACAAGCUUCCGAGUAAUAUGGAUCUUGAAGACGGAGCCCUCAUGGAACCACUUUCAGUAGGUGUUCAUGCAACCAAAAGAGGAUACGUCACAGUUGGAGAUGUUGUUCUCAUUCUAGGCGCAGGACCCAUUGGUUUAGUAACUUUGUUGUCCGCCAAGGCUAUGGGUGCUUCGAAAAUUAUCAUCACAGAUAUUUUGAGUGUUAAACUUCAAAAGGCCAAAGAGCUGGGAGCUCAUUACACUGUUAAAAUUGAACCUAGCGACAAGGAAGAUGAUAUUGUUGCAAAGAUUAAAGAACUUUUGGGAACAGAACCAAAUAAAACGUUCGAUUGUUCUGGCGCUGAAUUAUGUGUUAGAAUUGCACUCAAGGUAACAAAAAGCAAAGGAAUUGUAGUUUUGGUAGGAAUGGGUAAAUUUGAACAAACCUUGCCACUUUCCAGUGCCAUUAUCCGCGAAGUUGAUAUUAGAGGAGUCUUUAGAUACAACAAUGACUACCCGACUGCUAUCGACAUGGUUGCAUCAGGCAAAAUUAGUGUGAAACCAUUGAUCACUCAUCAUUAUAAACUCGAAGAGACAGAGAAGGCUUUCCAGGUUGCAAAAACCCAAGAGGGCAAUCCCAUCAAGAUUUUGAUCCAUGCCAAUCCAAACUGGAAACCUUCAGCUUAAAUUUUUGUUAUUUUGUUAGAAACAUUGGAAGCACAUAUUGUUUUUUCUCAUGUAUAUAUUUGUUAAUUGAUUGAAAAAUAAAAAGUUAUUUUGUUGAAUCGUUUAUAUGUAUUAUCAUGGUUUAAAGAA